GGCAGCCUCCGAGUGAUAAAUUCCAUUCCACAUCGUAGUUUGACUUAUCAUUGGAGUAAAAUACGUAAAAUUGAUAUACUUUUGAUUCCGAAACAUUCCACAGAAUGCUCCGAUACGUGUAGUGCCAGCUGUGAGUUAUGGCUUUUUUGUGUCCCGUUCGAAUAAGGCGCGGAAAAAAGAAAAAACCAAUUGGCAGUGAUAUCGAUAAGGAUUUGACUAGCAGCUUAGGUCUAAAUCAUGGCAUGGGUCGAAUUACUGGCUCAGCCAGCAUCGAGACACUUGUCCGUGUUGGAAUCGAAAAAGAACAUGGACUUAGUCCGGACAGUAAAAUGGUGGUCUUGCACGACUUCACUCCAUGUGUGGAUGACGAAUUGGAAGUGAAACGGGGACAAAUUGUGAACAUUUUGUAUCGAGAAAACGAUUGGGUUUACGUGAUUGGUCAGGACACCAGACAGGAAGGGUUCAUUCCGCACUCAUACUGUGCCCCGUUCAACACACAGUUGGCCGAUUUGGCCAUUAAGAAGAAACUUCCUCGUGACAUUUCUGUCGGGUUGACUAAUAAUGACCUGACAGAUGGUAUACCGGAUAUUAAUAUUGACGUUAUUGAUGACAGUGCACCGGGACUAGUCGGAUUGACUAACUCCCUCAAACACUCGCAGGCGAGUUUAAGUUCAGAGCCUGAUUUCUUGCCAUUUUCCAAAGACCCUAGCGGUCGUUACAUUGUUUUGUACACAUUUAUUGCGCGUGACGAAAAUGACGUUUCAGUGGAACGAGGAGAGUUUGUUACAGUACUGAACCGUGAGGACCCGGAGUGGUUCUGGAUAGUGAGGAGCGAUGGUCAGGAAGGAUUUAUUCCAUCUGGUUUUGUUUAUCCAGCAGAGAAUAUUCUGCAAGGUCAAACGAAGCAAAACUUACCCGUAGUGAAUGGCAAUAGUAAUGCGGUAAAUGGAGGCACUAAUGAUGUUAAUGCAAAUUUGACACAGUUGAACAAUGGUAUUAACAAUCUUGGUGGGAAUGGUGGAACAAAUCAACAGCAACCUGGAAUUGGGUCGGAUGAUUUAAGGUAUCAUGGGACGGAACUUGUAAUGCUAUAUGAUUAUAAGGCACAAGCACCCGAUGAUUUGUCAGUUCGGCGUGGCGAUUGGAUCUAUGCGGAUCUUAACAACCAAACUGUUGACGGAUGGCUUUGGGCAUAUGCACCGAAAACACGCAAGUACGGUUUCAUUCCCAAAGCGUACGCACGACCCCCCGCCAUGACAAGCUUGUAAUACAAAAACAAAUGUAGGGGAACUCGUUCUAAGAUAAAGUUUUAUUGUUUAUUUUAUUUUGUUCUUGGAAGAAUCCAUUUGGGUGUCUAAAUUUAUUAUUUCUUGUAUCACGCUGUAAGAUAAGAUCUAUAAUUGUAUCUUUUAAACAUCUCUGACCUGUGAAAAAAGUAUCAAUGUACUUAAUCAAAAAAUAUAUACACAUUCAAUACUCCAUUAG